AUCACAAUAACUACAUGCGUCGUAUGUUGUGGGCAAAGUGCAAGCUUAUAUAUAAUGUCAUUUCAUGUCCAUCGCAUUUUAGUCACACUCAAUUAUUUGCUCCAGCUUAAUUAAGACUGUAUUUUUUAUCCGUCUCAAAAUGAAGUUAUUUAACCACUGCUACUUUUUACUUUUUAAUUUUGUACUAUUAACAUACCUCGCUAAAUGCACAAUUGCCUCAAAAAUCCUAUUUUUAUCCCCAGUUGCGACGAAAUCUCAUAAAAAUGUAUUCGAUCCGUUAAUCGACGCGCUUGCCACGCGUGGUCACGAACUAACAGUGAUAUCUCCAAUGAAAACGUCUAAAGUGCCGAGCGUAAAGGAAAUCGUGCCAGUAAAUCUGGAAGGAGUGAUGGGAACGAUGAAGGACGCUUUCGAGUUGAGGCAGGCCGGUCCCCUCAGUUUUCUGACAUCCAUUAACUUCACAACUAUCGAAUUCACCUGUAACACAAUGUAUGAAAUGGAGGAGGUAAAGUGGAUCAUGAAACAUGAAAAGUUUGACCUCAUCAUCCUGAACGGAAUGAUUUGUCAAUGCGCGUACGGUUUAGUUGCGCACUUCAAGGCUCCCUACAUGCUCGUCACAACGAUGCCCGCAUCCGCCCAUCUUGCUAGCUCUCAAGGACACAGAUUCCCACCCAGCUUUGUUCCAGAACCGUACCUUCCAUUAUCUCAAAAGAUGACUUUUCUCGAGAGGGGACUUAAUUUAGCGGUGUCAAGCUUUAUUCCGGUCCUUGGUCGUUACUAUUACAACCCGAGGAUGGAGGCAAUGUACAGAAAAUAUGUGCCUUCUGCCCCAGGAGUAACAGAGACUGAUCGCGAUGCUAGCAUGAUCCUGAUGAACAGCCAUUAUAGCUUGACCUAUCCACGCCCACUGCUGCCCAACGUGGUGGAGGUUGGUGGAAUGCAUUGCCGUCCAGGACAAGCGCUACCGAAGGAUUUGGACGACUUUAUCUCCGGGGCUAAAGACGGUGUCAUCCUCUUCAGUUUGGGGUCCAUAGUGAAAGCAAAAAACAUGCCGGAAUCGACGCGUAAAGCGUUUAUCAAUGUAUUCGCUAAAUUGAAACAACGAGUCAUUUGGAAAUGGGAAGUGGAGACUAUGGAAGAUUUACCAAAGAAUGUCAAACUAAUUAGGUGGGCUCCUCAGCAGGACAUUUUAGCUCAUAAAAAUAUUCGGCUAUUCAUUACGCAUGGAGGUCUUCUAAGCACUCAAGAGGCUGUUUAUCAUGGAGUUCCUUUAAUAGGCCUCCCAUUCUUCGCUGAUCAAGACUUGAAUAUGGGCCAAGCCGAAAAAAAUGGGUUCUGUUUAACAUUGGAAAUUAUGGAUUUGUCCGAACAAAAAUUAGAAGCUGCAGUUACCAAAAUUCUAACCGAGCCCAAAUUCAAGGAAAAUGCCCAAACGCUCUCCAAAAUUUAUCGAGAUCAAAUUGAAACGCCGCUAGAAAGGGCUGUGUUCUGGACUGAAUAUGUCAUCCGACACAAAGGAGCACAUCACAUGCAAUCUGCAUCCAAAGACCUCAACUUUUUCCAGUACCAUUCCAUUGAUGUGAUUUCCUUCAUCCUUUUGUCCACUCUCACGAUCCUGUGGUUGCUCAAGUAUUUGCUCUGGAAUGUUAUCCUUUGUAAAUGCAUUUGUAGAAUAUUUAAACAUAAAAGAACUGCUAAAGUAGACCAUGCCAAAAAGUCUAAAUAAACAAACAAUGAUUACCUAGUAUUACUUAUACAAUUUUCAAAUAUAUGGUUGUGCAAUUAAUCAUGUAUGUAUUACUG